UCUUCUAUCCUGCUGGGCUCCGCCCCCACACCUGAUGGUCACGUGAUUGUGACAUCAUCACAGUUCCUACACCUCCAGUAGAUACAGAGCAGGUCCUGGUCGGCGCGCUCUGGUAAAGAGAUUACACGAGGAGGAGCUGAUCCAGUUGUCUCCUCUUCUCCUGAAUGACCCCUAAGGAUGGACAAGGACAGGAAUGAGAUGACUAAGAGAAUAUUACACUUCACCUUGGAGAUCCUCCACCUGCUGACCGGAGAGGAUUACACCAUAGUGAAGAAGACAUGGGGGGAGUGUGUGGCCCCCAGCUGCCAUCUCCAUGAGUCAGGAGGACGGAGCAGGGCCCGGGGCCCCAUCACGGAGCCUCCACUUCUCUCACUGAUACAUGAGAAGAAGAUCCUAGAACUCAUCCACAGGAUCAAUGAGCUGCUGACUGGAAAGGUUCCUAUAAGGUGUCAGGAUGUGGCGGUCUAUUUCUCCAUGGAGGAGUGGGAGUAUGUAGAAGGACACAAGGAUCUGUACCAGGACAUAGUCAUGAUGGAGGAUCACCGGCCCCUCACAUCACAAGAUGAAGUCAAUGAUAGAAAUCCACCCGAGAGGUGUCCCUGUCCUCUGUAUUCCCAGGACUGUCCAGAGGGAAAUGUCCUAGAGAACAAUCAGGUUCCUAUAAGGUGUCAGGAUGUGGCGGUCUAUUUCUCCAUGGAGGAGUGGGAGUAUGUAGAAGGACACAAAGAUCUGUACCAGGACAUGAUGGAGGAUCACCGGCCCCUCACAUCACAAGAUAAAGUCAAUGAUAGAAAUCCACCCGAGAGGUGUCCCCGCCCUCUGUAUUCCCAGGACUGUCCAGAGGGAAAUGUCCUAGAGAACAAUCAGGGGGGAGAUCUGACUAAUAAUAAAGUGGAGGAUGAAGAAGAGAGGAUGAGGGGCCAUCACCCGUGUAUGAGGGAAGUGAAGGAGGAAAUUCCAGGAGGUGUUACCCCAGCAGAAAAUCCCAGUAAGAAUUCUGAGGGAAACUUCAUGUUAUCCCUGAAUGAUAAAGGAGAAGAUGAAGAUAUGAUGGAGCGCUCCUCAGGAGAAGACCUCCUUACCCCUAAUGUCCAUCCAGAUCUAUCCUAUAAUAAUCCACCUGAUCAUGAGGAACCUUCUCCUGACCAACCACACAUUGUUACCACAAGGACAGAGCAGGAAGGGAGAAAAAGGGUUCAAUGUGAUGAAUGUGGGAAAGAGUUUACAAAAGGAUCAAAUCUUGCACACAGAAGAAUUUACAGAGGAGAGAAGAAAUAUUCAUGUUCAGAAUGUGGGAAAUGUUUUAUAUAUAAAUCACGUCUUCUAAUACAUAAGAGAAUUCACACAGGAGAGAAGCCAUAUUCAUGUUCUGAAUGUGGGAAAUGCUUUACAUUUAAAUCACAGCUUGUUAUACAUGAGAGAAGUCACACAGGAGAGCAGCCAUAUUCAUGUUCAGAAUGUGGGAAAUGCUUUACAAAUAAUUCAGAGCUUGUUAUACAUGAGAGAAGUCACACUGGAGAGAAGCCAUAUUCAUGUUCAGAAUGUGGCAAAUGCUUUUCAAGUAAACCAUAUCUUGUUAGACAUCAGAUAAUCCAUACAGGAGAAAAGCCGUAUUCAUGUUCAGAAUGUGGGAAAUGUUUUAUAGAUAAAUCAAGCCUUGUUAAACAUGAACAAAUUCACACAGGGGAGAAGCAGUUUUCAUGUUCAGAAUGUGGGAAAUGCUUUACAAGUAAACAGUAUCUUGUUAGACAUCAGAUAAUCCAUACUGGAGAGAAGCCAUAUUCAUGUUCAGAAUGUGGGAAAUGUUUUUCAGAUAAAUCAAGCCUUGUUAAACAUGAGCGAGUUCACACAGGAGAGAGGCCAUAUUCAUGUUCAGAAUGUGGCAAAUGUUUUAUAAGUAAAUCAGAUCUUGUUAUACAUGUGAGAACUCACACAGGAGAGAAGCCAUAUUCAUGUUCAUAUUGUGGGAAAUGUUUCACACGCAAAUCAGGUCUUGUUGCACAUGAGAGAGUUCACACAGGACAGCAGCCAUAUUCAUGUUCAGAAUGUGGGAAACGCUUUUUACAUAAAGCUAGUCUUCUUAAACAUAAGCGAAUUCACACAGAAGUGAAGCCAAAUGCAUGUUCAGAGUUUGGGAAAUGUUUUCUAGACAAACCAGAUCUCGUUACACAUAAUCGAAAUAACACAGAAGAGAAGCCAUAUUCAUGUUCACAAUGUGGGAUAUGCUUUAGUAAAAAAUCUAAUCUUGUUACACAUCAAAGAAUACACACAGGAGAGAAGCCAUAUUGAUGCUCAGAAUGUGGGAAAUGUUUUAUGUUUAAAUCACAUCAGAUAUAUGAGAGAAUGACUCUUAUCAUCUACUGCUUCACAUACCCGGCGGGUGUCUUCUCCAGUCUGAUAUAUCCGCUCUUUUUGGGUAACUGUUCAGUCGUCCAGCAGACCAUAGUGAAGAAGACAUGGGGGGAAUGUGUGGCCCCCAGCAGCCAUCUCCAUGAGUCAGGAGGACAGAGCAGGGCCCGGGGCCCCAUCACGGAGCCUCCACCUCACUCACUGAUACAUGAGGAGAAGAUCCUAGAACUCAUCCACAGGAUCACUGAGCUGCUGACUGGAGAGGUUCCUAUAAGGUGUCAGGAUGUUGCGGUCUAUUUCUCCAUGGAGGAGUGGGAGUAUGUAGAAGGGCACAAGGAUCUGUACCAGGACAUAGUCAUGAUGGAGGAUCACCGGCCCCUCACAUCACAAGAUGGAGUCAUUGAUAGAAAUCCACCCGAGAGGUGUCCCCGCCCUCUGUAUUCCCAGGACUGUCCAGAGGGAAAUGUCCCAGAGAAGCAUCAGGGGGGAGAUCUGACUAAUAAUAAAGUGGAGGAUGAAGAAGAGAGGAUGAGGGGCCAUCACCCGUGUAUGAGGGAAUUGAAGGAGGAAAUUCCAGGAGGUGUUACCCCAGAAACCCCCACUAAGAACUCAAUAAAUUAUGAAAUAGAAGAUGAAGGUAUCAUGGAGCGCUCCUCAGGAGAAGAUGGAGAGAUCAUGGAGCGCUCCUCAGGAGAAGAUGGAGAGAUCAUGGAGCGCUCCUCAGGAGAAGAUGGAGAGAUCAUGGAGCGCUCCUCAGGAGAAGAUGGAGAGAUCAUGGAGCGCUCCUCAGGAGAAGGUGGAGAGAUCAUGGAGCGCUCCUCAGGAGAAGGUGGAGAGAUCAUGGAGCGCUCCUCAGGAGAAGAUGGAGAGAUCAUGGAGCGCUCCUCAGGAGAAGGUGGAGAGAUCAUGGAGCGCUCCUCAGGAGAAGAUGGAGAGAUCAUGGAGCGCUCCUCAGGAGAAGAUGGAGAGAUCAUGGAGCGCUCCUCAGGAGAAGAUGGAGAGAUCAUGGAGCGCUCCUCAGGAGAAGAUGGAGAGAUCAUGGAGCGCUCCUCAGGAGAAGAUGGAGAGAUCAUGGAGCGCUCCUCAGGAGAAGAUGGAGAGAUCAUGGAGCGCUCCUCAGGAGAAGGUGGAGAGAUCAUGGAGCGCUCCUCAGGAGAAGAUGGAGAGAUCAUGGAGCGCUCCUCAGGAGAAGAUGGAGAGAUCAUGGAGCGCUCCUCAGGAGAAGAUGGAGAGAUCAUGGAGCGCUCCUCAGGAGAAGAUGGAGAGAUCAUGGAGCGCUCCUCAGGAGAAGAUGGAGAGAUCAUGGAGCGCUCCUCAGGAGAAGAUGGAGAGAUCAUGGAGCGCUCCUCAGGAGAAGAUGGAGAGAUCAUGGAGCGCUCCUCAGGAGAAGACCUCCUUACCCCUAAUGUCCAUCCAGAUCUAUCCUAUAAUAAUCCACCUGAUCACGAGGAACCUUCUCCUGACCAACCACAUGUUAUUACCACAAGGACAGAGCAGAAAGGGGAGGAAAUGGUUCAUUAUGGUGAAUGUGGAAAAGAGUUUACAAAAAGAUCAGAUCUUGUUAAACACAGAAGAAUUCACACAGGAAAGAAGUCUUAUUCAUGUUCAGAAUGUGAGAAAUGUUUUAAAUAUAAAUCACAGCUUGUUAUACAUGAGAGAAGUCACACAGGAGAUAAGCCAUAUUCAUGUUCAGAAUGUUACAAAUGUUUUGCAAUGAAAUCACAUCUUGUUAAACAUGAGAGAAUUCACGCAGGAGAGAAGGCAUACUCAUGUUCAGAAUGCGGGAAAGAUUUUACAAUUAAAUCAGAUCUGGUUAAACAUGAAAGAAGUCACAAAGGAAAGAAGCCGUAUUCAUGUACAAAAUGUGGGAAAUGUUUUACACACAAAUCACGUCUUCUCAUACACGUACGAAGUCACACAGGAGAGAAGCCGUAUUCAUGCUCAGAAUGUGGGAAAUGUUUUUCAAGUAAAUCAACUCUUGUCACACAUGGGAGAAAUCACACAGGAGACAAGCCAUAUUCCUGUUCAGAAUGUGGGAAAUGUUUUUUGAACCCAUCAGAAUUUGUUAGGCAUGAGAGAACUCACACAGGAGAGAGGCCGUAUUCAUGUUCAGAGUGUGGGAAAUGUUAUAAACUAAAAUCACACCUUGUAAUACACAAGAGAAGUCACACAGGAGAGAAACCAUAUUCAUGUUCAGAGUGUGGGAAAUGUUUUACAAAUAAACCAAGUCUUCUGGAACAUGCAAGGAUUCACACAGGGGAAAAGCCGCAUUCGUGUUCAGAAUGUGGGAAAUGUUUUACUAAUAAAGUCAAACUAAGGAAUCAUCACAGAAGUCACACAGGAGAGAAGCCGUAUGCAUGCCCAGAAUGCGGGAAAUGCUUUACGAACAAACGAAGUCUCGAUACACAUGAAAGGACUCACACAGGGGAGAGGCCGUAUUUAUGUUCAGAAUGUGGAAAAUGUUUUACGUGUAAAUCGUAUCUUGUUUUGCAUAAGAGAAAGCACACAGGAGAGAAGCCAUAUUCAUGUUCAGAAUGUGCGCAAUGUUUUGCAAGUCAAUCUCAUCUUGUUAUGCAUAAGAGAAAGCACACGGGAGAGAAGCCAUUUUGAUGCUUUAGUUGAUUAAAACAAAUUUUCAAACUCAAAUUUUCAAAUUUGGAGAUGAGGUUUCCAGCCAUGAGUGUUACUUUUUUAUUACUGUACUUAUUACUCCCCGUCAAAGGUUUUAUUAAAAAAUAAUAUUUGGACAUGUAAA